CGCGGACCCGCUGCAGCCCUCUCCAGCUCGCCGCCCACCAUGGCCUCCGCGGCAGCCGCCAGCAACCUCCUGGUUCUCCUCCAGGUGCUCGGGCUCGCCCUGGCGCAGAUCAGAGGUCCACCAGGAGAGCCGGGGCCCCCGGGACCGCCGGGGCCGCCGGGAGUGCCUGGAUCGGAUGGCAUCGACGGUGACAAGGGUCCCCCAGGGAAGGCUGGCUUUCCAGGACCCAAGGGAGAGCCUGGCAAAGCAGGGCCAGACGGGCCAGACGGGAAGCCCGGGGUUGAUGGUCUGACUGGAGCCAAGGGAGAGCCUGGCCCCAUGGGAACUCCUGGAGUCAAGGGCCAGCCUGGGCUCCCAGGUCCCCCUGGCCUGCCGGGCCCUGGCUUCGCUGGACCUCCUGGACCCCCUGGACCUGUCGGCCUCCCUGGUGAGAUUGGAAUCACAGGCCCCAAGGGAGAUCCCGGACCAGAGGGACCAGAGGGGCCUCCAGGGCCCCCUGGAAAGCCGGGCCGACCGGGAACCAUUCAGGGCCUGGAAGGCAGCGCGGAUUUCCUGUGUCCAACCAACUGUCCAGCGGGCGUGAAAGGCCCCCCAGGGCUGCAGGGAGUGAAGGGCCAUCCUGGCAAACGAGGGGCCCUGGGGGAUUCCGGCCUCCAGGGGAAGCCGGGCCCCAAGGGAGAUGUGGGUGCCUCUGGAGAACAAGGCAUCCCUGGCCCACCGGGUCCCCAGGGCAUCAGAGGCUACCCGGGCAUGGAGGGACCCAAGGGAGAAGCGGGUCCUCGUGGGUACAAAGGCAUGGUGGGCCCUGUUGGCGCCGCUGGGUCUCCCGGUGAAGAAGGUCCUCGGGGACCACCAGGCCGAGCAGGGGAGAAAGGUGACGUGGGCAGCCAAGGUGUUCGAGGACCCCAGGGAGUAACAGGCCCAAAGGGAGUGAUGGGUCCCCCAGGCAUUGAUGGCAAGGACGGGACCCCCGGCAUACCUGGCAUGAAGGGCAGCGCGGGACAGGCCGGGCGACCAGGAAACCCAGGCCACCAGGGCUUAGCAGGCGUGCCAGGCCAGCCUGGGACAAAAGGUGGCCCUGGGGACAAGGGUGAGCCUGGUCAGCAGGGUCUUCCCGGAUUCUCCGGUCCUCCUGGGAAGGAGGGAGAACCAGGGCCUAGAGGAGAAAUCGGUCCACAGGGCAUCGUGGGGGAGAAGGGUGACCAGGGUGAAAGGGGGCCAGUGGGGCAGCCAGGCCCUCUAGGACGGCAGGGUCCCAAGGGGGAACAGGGCCCCCCUGGAAUUCCAGGGCCACAAGGCUUGCCAGGAAUCAAAGGAGACAAGGGCUCCCCAGGGAAGACCGGCCCCCGAGGUGGAGUGGGCGACCCGGGGGUGGCCGGCCUCCCCGGAGAGAAAGGCGAGAAGGGGGAGUCUGGCGAGCCAGGGCCCAAGGGACAGCCAGGAGUCCGUGGAGAGCCGGGUUACCCAGGCCCCAGCGGGGAUGCAGGAGCCCCUGGGGUGCAGGGCUACCCUGGGCCCCCAGGCCCUCGAGGACUGGCUGGAGACCGAGGCCUGCCUGGACAGCCUGGGAGACAGGGAGUGGCGGGCCGGGAUGCCAGUGACCGGCACAUCGAGGACGUGGUGCUGAAGAUGAUGCAAGAGCAACUGGCGGAGGUGGCUGUGAGUGCCAAGCGUGAGGCCCUGGGUGCCACUGGGAUGAUGGGCCUCCCAGGACCCCCAGGGCCACCCGGGUACCCAGGCAAGCAAGGCCCCCACGGGCACCCUGGCCCCCGGGGCAUCCCUGGCAUCGUGGGAGCCGUGGGUCAGAUUGGCAACACUGGGCCCAAGGGAAAACGUGGAGAGAAGGGUGAUCGGGGAGACAUAGGCCGUGGACAUCCGGGGAUGCCCGGGCCCCCAGGGAUCCCAGGACUCCCUGGCCGGCCUGGACAGGCAAUCAACGGCAAAGAUGGAGAUCGAGGGGCUCCCGGGGCCCCAGGAGAGGCGGGCCGACCUGGCCUGCCAGGCCCUGUGGGACUACCAGGCUUCUGUGAGCCUGCAGCCUGCCUUGGCGCCUCGGCCUACGCCUCUGCACGCCUCACGGAGCCUGGGUCCAUCAAGGGACCGUGAGCAGCAGGCAUCCUGGGAGAAAAGGAUGAGGUCCCCUCUGGGUGGACAAGUCCAGGACUUUUUGUCCAAGACCCAGGAAUUCCGAGGAAAAGGAAAUUCAAAACAUGGAGGAAGGGCAGAGAGGGCAACAGACACAGCAGCAAGUAUUGCCAGAGUCCAAGCUCCUAAUGGAAUAGGGUGGCUUUCCUUCCGAGAGCACCCUAGGAUGUCACAAAAGAAACAUCUGCCCCAUCCUUGGGGCAGUUAACUGAGGCUUCACCAGCACUUGACCCCACUUCAUCCCCUGGGCUCAGUGGGUGAAUGCUGACAGGGUCCACUCAGGUGGCCAGUCUUAAGCCAGCCCCCACUUAAGGCAGCCCCCACUGCCUUUCUCUGCCAUCUGAGUAUUUAAACACCCAUCUGCCUUCUCUUUCUGACAUUAAACUUUUCUGUCCAGCCCCUAGAUCCAUCCAGGCCUUUCUGUAAA